UGAGCUGAUUUCGAAAAUGUGGCACCCCGGAUGACUAUCAUUGCGCAGAAUCCAAAGUAUGGAUUCUAAAAAUUUUCGUGCUAACCUCAAAUGGGUGCGCGGUUGGGGUGAUGUUUCUUUUCGUUUUAGUUAGUUUGUAGUUAAAAAUGAGCGAUUACAGUAGCGACGAAAACGAAGACGGUUAUGUUUUGUAUAGGGAUCGGCCUGAAUGGAAAGAUGUUACGCCCGUAGCGCAAGACGACGGGGAUCACCCUGUCGUUGCUAUUGAUUAUACUGAAGCCUUCAAAGAUUGCUACGACUACUUCAGGGCUGUCGUUAAGAACAAAGAAAUAUCUGAGAGGGCUUUGGAACUGACUAAAACUGCCACUUCUCUUAAUCCUGCGAAUUACACGGUGUGGCAGUACAGACGAGAAAUUUUAAAGGGCUUGAACAAAGAUCUCGAACAGGAGCUUGAUUAUAUCCAGCGCAUGAUAGUGAAACAGCAAAAAAAUUACCAAGUAUGGCACCACAGAAGGGUCAUAGUCGAGUGGCUGCAGGACCCUUCCAAGGAGAAAUAUCUGACAAGCGUCGCUCUAGGUUUAGACGCGAAAAAUUAUCACGCUUGGCAACAUAGGCAGUGGGUUAUUAAGACAUUUAACCUAUUUGAAGAAGAACUGAAUUAUGUUGAGCUCCUUUUGGAAGAGGACGUUAAGAACAAUUCGGCUUGGAAUCAGAGGUAUUUCGUGGUCAACAAUACAACAGGGUUUACCCAAGAAGUACUAGACAAAGAAAUAGAUUACACUCUCAGCCAGAUCCAGAAACUCACUGAAAACGAAAGCGCGUGGAAUUACUUGAGGGGGCUCCUGCUACACGAUAAGGGCGGGCUCGGUGAAAAUAAAAAAAUCACAGACUUUUGUGAGGAGCUGUACACGAACGGCAGCAGGUCGCCAUUUCUUUUGUCUCUUAUUGUGGAUAUGUGCUACGAACGCGCCGCCGGAAGCAAGGGUGACGAAUUGUACGGGCUAGAUAGAGCCAAACGGUUGUGCAAAGCCUUGGCAGAAGAAUAUGACACAAUCCGCGCAAAAUAUUGGGUUCACAUGGCAGAGACCAUUGAGAAAAGGGCGCGUGGCGAGACUGUGGAAGAGCCUGGCCCCAGUACCGAUUAGUAUAUUCCAAUUUGUGGUGUUUCUUUUUUUGUGCUGCGUGGGAUAUUUGUUUCUUGGUUCAAAUGGCGUAAAAUUUGUGAUACCGUUUUUUAUUAAUAAGUUGAUGUUUUUCAAAAAUGUUUUUCAUUUAGUAACCUCUAUGUCUCUGGCAAGCAACCGGUGCUGGAAGAGGGAGGGAAGCAACUUUGAAAUCUUAAAUCGAAACCUCCAUUUUCCUAAACAAAAACGUCAUAUUUUGUCAAAAGGUUUCUUUUGCAUUCUCAGUAGAUGACGCUGAAAUCGCAAAAAAUGUGAUGUUUCUUGUUCGGGCAGGGGGGUCAUGUUUGGCGUUAUUUAAUAAUGUUCUAAUUCAAUCUCUAAAGCAUGAAUUGUAUUCUAAUCACU